GUAACGUUAGUCAAGCUCCACAAAUAGUCUUGUUUGGCUAUAAACUUUAAAGACUUUGAAUUGGACCGUGCCAAUAAAAAAAGAUUUGCCAGAUGCAAAAUAUGCAAUGCAAGAAUAUCCGACAGGACAACCACAACAUCAAGAACCAUAAGGUAAGAAUAAGGUAAGUUCCCUCUAUAAUGAUUACUUAUAUUAAUCUUCCUGUUUGUUAUAAUUUGGCCUUAGUUGCAUAUUAUUUUUUUUUUUAUUUGAAAUGUGAACAUUAUCCUUACUGCUACGUCUCGUAAAAACAGUGGCGUCGCCUGAACUUUUUUGUUUUAUUAUUUAAUAAUUGCAUGCCAAAACCAUGACCAAUGCUGUAUUAUAACUGCUAUUCAGACAAGUUUUAAAAAUUCAUAAAAACUUGCAAACUGUUUUUUGCAAACUCUACUAGAUUAUUGUUUAUCACCUCUCAAUGUACCACUGUGGUUGUUUAACUGUUUUAUCACUGUAUGCAUUACCAAUACUAUUUACUACACUGCUAUACAGACAUGUUCUCCUCAUAUCCUGUUUGCACUCUUGGUUUUUAUGGUCGAUUUGACUUAAUGUAUGUAGGGAUUGUUUAAAAAAGUUUUAAUAUACAAAUGAUAUAUCAUUUCUUAUUUUACUUAUUGGUGUGUUUGCAGGGGCGGACUGGGACAAUAAUUUAGGCCGGGAAUUUGACUCAUCCCAGGCCAACUAAUCUACCGGACUGGCAAAUCUUAUAGAUACAAAACGUUCGUUUUCAAAUUUGUCUUUUUUUGAAAUUUACAUUUGUUGGCCUACUUGUUACUAAAGGAAUCCAAUUGAGUUGAUCAGAAGCUAGAAAUGCCAAAAGACGACAAAAUGGUCCAGAAAAACUUUUCUAUCUUUUGAGGAUAUUUUCAAACAUAUCCAAGAGCUUCAGGAAUCAUUGUCUAAGCAGAAAACAGGAGAAGUCUUCUGCAAGACCAAAAGUUCUGCGCCAAUCUCUGCAUUGUUUUGGGUGUGCCAAAUACAUUCCCAAAUAGAUAUCAACUAAAAAAGGCAUACAAAAAUGAAAAGGGUCCAAAUGGAAGGAGAUGGAAAGGAAGAUGUAGCAGAAAUGAAAGUUGCACAAGUGGACAAGAUUGCACAGGACCCGAGUGAUUUUCAAAUCGAAGAUAAAAAAGAACAGACUAAGACGAAGGACAUCAUACAAGAUGUUGAAGAUUUAAAGCAAAAGAGGGUUAAAGUGAAAACCAGAAAGAAUUUGGGAAAAUUGAUGUACAAAAGAGAAAUAGAGAGAGGAAGAUGCCCCAGAGAUUGAAGACACAAAGGAGGAAUAAGUUACAACAGAGAUGACUACAUUUCAAAAGAAAAAUUAACUUACAAGUGAGAAGGUUUUGAUGCAGGGAAAGAAAGAUUUAACAGUGGACACUGCACAGGAAACAAGAAAUGGCCAACAGGAGGAAGAUGUUCACAACAAACAUCCCAAGGUGGAAGACUGUUGCAAACAACUCUACCAAGGACACUCUAUCUCAAGAACCUGGAAAACUAAGGAAUCUGUGGUAGAGUUUGGCUGUCGAGAUGAGGCACCAACACCAGGUGUUCUCAAAACCAUUUCCUGGAAACAAAGAGUGAAGGGCAGGAAACAUAAAAAUGAAACUCUUAGUCUCCAGAUGAUGGUAGAAGGAAAAGGAGAUGAACCAAAUGAGGUUAUCCAGAAAGUGAUCCUUCUUCCAAAGGGUGUGAUGCUUUGGUCGAAGAAAAGCAUUGACAUAUUCAACCAAAGAUGCAAAGACGACGUAGUCUGUCUUGAUGCAACAGGAAGCAUUUUGAAGAAGAGUGAACACAGCACAGACUGAUCAUGCCAAGCUAUACGGACACAAAAACAUAACUCCAAUCAUGAUUAUUUGUGAUGGAUCCAUGGUCCUCAUGCAGGCCAUCUCAUUUGUCUUCUGCCAAACCAACCUCAAUGCCUUACUCCAAAGUAUCUAUCAAAUAUUGACAGGGAAAGGCACUGCUGAAGACUUCAGUCGUCCUGUCCUCCACCGCUGUCUAAGUCAUAUAAUGAAAAAUGCUAAAUCCCUAUGCAAAAAGCAUGCACCCAAAAACUACAAAACCACAGCAAAUUCCAUUGUUGAGUUUGAUGAAAUGCUCCUCAGCUGCAGUGUCAUCUUCUCAAGCCCAUGCAGCUCUGAAAAUGUUAAGAAGCACUUCAACAACCUUCAGGCUAUGUUGACCACUAUUGGGGAAUCAGCUGUUGAUGACAGCAGCAUUGUUCCUGAGGACCUUGAGGACACCUUCAGUCAAACACCUUUUCAUCGACAUUUCAUUGAGGUCAUAGACACUGCACCCCUGGACAAAAAAGGCGACCCUAAGGUGUACUUCAGCGAGACAUUCAUCUCCUCGUUGGCUGCCUACUUCUUGCCUCAUGCAGGUCUUUGGACAAGCAUGAUGUUGGGGGACCUGGGCAGGCAUGGUAAGGGAAAUUCUCAAAGACUUCAAAGAAAAAAUGUCAGAAUUUCACACAAGACACAAGGAAUUAUGGAAAAGAGCCAGUGGGACUUGAAGAAAAUUUGCUUUAAAGAAAGACGACUGACCAGACUUGAUGACUUGAUAAUGACCUACGAAGCCACCCACUCUGCACUUUUAAGGGAAUUUACGGAUGCUGAACGUAUCACUAAAAGAAAGGUAAAACAGUCAACCUUAUACAGUUUGUAAAUGUGUUAUGUUUCACAGAAAUAGGAACAUUUUUUAAAAUUCAGACGCAAGAAAUUGGUAAGACAGGCCUGAUGCAUUUUUCAUCCAUGCAUCUGCCCAACUGUCUGUCUGUUUUUACCACCUUGCUGAAAUUCAAAAAACUUUAACUCAUUACCUUGGCAUUUGGUCAGAAAUUUCAAGCCUCUCACAAUCAUUAGGCCAUCACCAGUUUUGCACAGAACAUAUCACAAUUAAUUAUAUUUAAUGGGUGCUUCCAUUCUCCCCAAAGAAAAUUGUUGUUUUUUCAACAUACCUAACCAAACUAAACAGACAUUUUGUUAGCCUAAAUGGAAAGGAUAAAUUUGUAUUUCUAUAAUAUUUAUCAAGUAGUACUGUAUGUAAAACAUGUUGAAGAAUGUCACUACUACACAAAUGAACUUAGUGUCUAUACAGUAUUUGUGUAUAUAAAUAAGUCCUACUAUGUAUUUCAUUU